AUGAUAAGUAAAUACAUUAAAAAUUUAGAUAUCUUUUCUUAGCCAUUUUAAUUCAACUCAUCGAAGCAAAGUUUGAAGAAGAGAACAUUUGUAGGAGCAUUUUUAUCAAUCACUAUAAUAUUGAUAACUCUCCUCUAUUUCAUUUAUUUAACUCUUCUUUACUUUUCUAAUUAAAUGGAUCCAAAAUUUCGAUCAUAGACCUUUGUUACAGAUGAGGAUGUAGAAAUUCCAUUAAAGAACAAUAAUAUUGCCUUCUAAGUGUAAGAUAUUAAUACCAAAAUCACCUUAGAUUAAAUAUAAGAUAAAUCAGGAUAGACAUACCUAACUUUCACAGCUGUACGCUCUUACAGAAACAGCACUGAUUACAUCCCUACCCAAAUUGAUAUAAUAAAAUGUUAAGAUCCAUCUCUAAAGGGGUUUUACUGCUUAGAUUUCUCUAAAAACCCAGAGUUUGCUUCAAUAAAAAUAGGUAACAAAAACAAUAUUCUAUCUACUUUAACCCUGUUAGUUUAUAGAUGCUAAGACACAGAUGUAUUCAAGCCUAAAGCUCCUAAAAAUUGUGCUAAUCCUAUUGAUAUUGAAAAAUAUAUUAAUAAUUUAAACAACUCCUUUAGAUUUAAGCUAUUGACUUAGCAAUACAAUAUAACUUCAAAGGAAAAUCAAGUUAAUUAUAAAAAUAUUUUCACAUUUAUGUCAGGGGCAUAGAUUUAACUUGUAGGUAUGUAGGUGUAGAAGUAAACAACUUUAGUCAAUGAUGGUUUGCUUGUAUAAUCAUAAAAUAUUUACUCUGCUCCUAUUUCUAUUACUGCUUCAACUUAAUAUUUAGAUUACAAAACUUUUGUACAAAUGACCAAUAGAAAACACUUUAUGCAGUUUACGUUAUUAGUUGAUGAAUCUGCUUAAUACAUUCAAAUUUAAUUCCCUACAUUUCCUGAAGUUUUAGCAUUAUGUAAUAGUACUUUAUCUCUUUUGAUGUGUUUAGGUAUUUUAGGUAAGUAUAUGGCCAAUAAAUUAAUAAAGUAGAGUUUAUUAAUUACAAUUUUGCAAAGUUAUUAUUUAGGAACUUUAGAAAAAAUAUUAAAAGUCAAUUAGUUGUAUUAGUCAAAUGAAGAAAAUAAACUAAUUGAAUUGACAGAAAGCAAAGAGAUAAUCGAAAGUGAGGACAAUCAGAGUCCAAUUUAAGUUCGCUCUAUUAGAAUUAAUUCAAGAGAGUCAGUUUUAAGCACACUUAGGGAUUAUUAGAACAAUAUUAAUCCUUCCUAAAAAGAUGAAAUUAAGGAAGAAGAUGACAUUUUUUUAAAAAACUAAUAAUUUCAAAAGGAUAAAUUUCUUUAUUAAAACGAACAUUAACCAAAUUUGAAAAAUUAAUGUUGCUAAGAUCAAAGUGAAUAGAUAAAUACCUUUGAAAUGAAUUCAGACAGAUCAGAGCCAAUGAUAAAUUUAGAAAAUAAACAAUAAUAAGAUAAAUAAUCACUUUAUUAAGUUUAAAAUACGAAUUCUCCAAUCGCAAAUUUAAAUAUAAAGUAGAGCAAGUAAAAUUUUAUUUUUAACUAAGCAUUAGGGGUUUAAAAUAUCAAAAAAAAAACAAUCCAAAAUGAUAAACUAUCCUAAUAAUAGAAAAAAUUAAAUAAAGCGCAUUUAGAUUUGAAGAAGAUUGAAGCUAACCUCAAAUUCGUUUAGAGCUAAACAACAGCCAAAAAAUUAGAAGAUGUUUUAUUUAAGUUUAAACUUUUGAACAAGAAAGAAUAUUUAAAGUCUAAAGGUCUUGAUCCAUAGAUUUUAAAUUGCUUAAACAACUAGGUAGAUAACAGUUUAGACUUUUUGAAAUUUUUCAAAGACUUAAUACUCGUGAAAAAGGCGAUGAUGAUGAUUCUAACAAAAGACCAAAUGGCUGCUCUUUAGUUAGUUAAGUGUUCAGAUGAAUUCUUGCAAUAAUUUUGUAGUUAAGAAUAAUAAACUCUAAAUGAAUCUAGCAUGAAUCACUUUGAAGAAUAGAUAGCAGUUUCAUUAUCAGAGGAUUACCAAAUAAACUAAAUUAAGUUAUUUUUACAAAAGUGCUAGGGACAAGAAAACUUGAGUGAAAUAGAUUAAAGAAUAUAUUCUUCUAUAAUUUGA